AGGAGGUGGGUCUGAGAGGAUGGUGGCUAGUGGUUGUGUUAAUGUAAUGUGAUGUAAUGGGUGGGCGGCGGGAUGUCUGUCUCACUAGGUGGCAGUGUACGACUACAUCUGGACGGAGGAGGAGCCUGGAGCAGUGAGGGUGGGGGCGGACCCCCCCGGGGGUAUGCCUGCAGGAGAAGGCGGCGGCGGCGGCGAGCGCAGCACCCAUGUGUCCAUCUCCACACUGCACCUGAGCGGCCUGAGACAGCGCUACAGGCACUUCCUUAGACAGCCCAACGGAGCCAUCGUGGAGGUGAUUGGUGACAUUGAUGGUGUCACUCAUUUGGAGGAUGAAACGUCUCAGCCUGGGCACAGGAUGGACAAGGAGGAGGAAGAGGAAAAUGGAGCCUGCUCCUCACAACAGCUCAGAGAGAGGAAAAGGAAGAAGCCCUUUUUCCGCUCUCACAGAGUUGAGCCUGCUGGAGGAAGUGUCUCUGACUCUACGCUGAAAGAUCUCCCUCGCUGAUCCUACUCAGACUCUGCAUUUACCCUCCCACUAUCAGGCCCUCCUGACACCCAAAGAAGCAGGUGAACUGUUAAUGUACUGUAAAUAACGGCCUCUGAUUAAAUAUAGUCUCAUUGCAGUAGGUUAUUACUCAGAAACUGCAUCAGCUCUUGGUUAAAAUGCUUCGUACAUCGGUUGUUACAACACCUUAGCCUGUAAAGUGAUGCUGAAUGCAUAGUUUUAUUGAAGGUAGUAGAGAAAUAGCAAUAGGCUACCUUCCUUCCUUACAUUCUAACAUUAUAUCAGCACUGAACUGCACCUUGCAUCCUUGCAUACUUAACACAAAGCACUAACUGUGCAGACUGUAUCUCAUUGACCUGCUGCUGACAUGCUAAAGAGAUAUCUGUGGAUUCACACGUAAGGGAAUGUCAAAGACAUGAUUGGACAUAUAUACAGUACUUGGGUACUACCCAGGCUCCAUAAAUACAGGCUACCCUGCCAUUCAUAGCUCAAUAAACAAUGUAAAGUAAUGAUUCGGUGGCAAAAUGAAUAGAGACCAUUAGGUCCUCCCUGCUGCCCCAACGCCAUGAAAAAUGAAGAUUUUAAAAGUCACUAAUCAGAGCCCAGUGAUAAAAUAUCAAUAUCAGGUCCACAUUAAAGGGGGAUAAUAUUCAGGCGGCCUUGAUUUGUAUUGAAUAUGUGUCUGCUAGCUGGUGCUUGACGUAAUGAACUGGCCCACAAAUCACUUGCUAAUGGGGACCUGCUUAUACAUAUUGCUUAAUUAAAGGUUGUGGGCUUAUUAACAUGUGUCUAUGACACCGGGCUCAGGGCCGGAAUCUGUUCGCACGGGAGCCCGGCUGUAAAGGUUUUAUAGAUAACCUAUCAUAUUAAACGCCAUUGGUUAAUAUUGGAUCUUAAUAACCUGUCAUUUUCAUUGAUGAUGAUUCCACUUUAUGGGGCAGCCAUUACGGCUCAGGAAAAGUUCUGAGGAGCCGUGGUGUCUUUUGGGAUGCCACCCGGAGUGCUCAUUACUGGUGCACGUAAGGCCACUGAAGCCGGUCCCCCCUGUGCGAUGUAUAAAGCAUCACAGACGUGGCUGCAGGGGCUCUGCGGAGAGAACAGACACGCCGGCUUUACCUUCAUGUCAGAUCCACACACCCACACCUUCAAUACCCUGGGCUCCAGAGCCCAGCGCUGUGCGGGUUUGCUGUUACUAAAUCGCAUUUGCUCAGAAUUGUGGCUCAUGGUUUAUUAAUGGUAAAUGUGGCACACAAGCAGUGGGCCAACUGUGCACAUAUUGGGCCAUUGUGUUUGCACAACACAUUUCACAAAGCUAUCCGGUAAAAAGCUUGUUAAAGCUAAAGCUAAAGUUAGAGUUCAAAAAGAAAAGCACUGCGCAGUGGACACAAAUGGCAUCUUCUGAGUGAUGUAAAAUUCCAUGUUUUGAGUCUUGGUCCAAGGUUUGUGUAUUGUCCCUCAUUGUCCCUCAAGUCUUUUUAACACGGUCAAAUAUUAUCUUAACUUUUCCUGGUGACAUUUUUAUUUGUAUUUUGUCAAGUCUCAGUUUUGCUUAAAUAAACACAUUCUUAAUUUUAGCGAGCCAAAUUGGUAUGGAUUCUGAGUGCCUCUGGUCUUCCUCGCAUUCCCAUUGACUGUGCCGUUGACUUUUAUGUAUGAUGAUGACCUAAAAGUGAAGUUUUCCCUCUCCUAUUCCCCCCUUGCAUCAACAAACUAGUGUGCCUCGUGUGCAU